AUGCCCUCAAAUUCAAUUGACGUAAAUGAGAGGAACAACAAGAGCAUAGCAGAUCUAGUUGCUCCAUGGCGCCCAAAGGCACUCGAAUGCUAUUGCAUAAUUAAUACAAAUUUAAUAGAUGUAAUUAGUGGAACGACUCACUCUGGGGCGUACAUCUUCGUUGAGAAAGGCAUUAUUUCAAGGGUUGAAUAUGAGUCCGAAAUACCGGUUUCCGUUGAUACUGAGAACUACAAGGUCAUAGAUGGCUCAGGCAAAUAUGUAACACCUGGGUUGUUUGACAACCACGUCCAUAUUGCUUCAGUUGCAGGAGAUGCAGAUUUAAUGAAGUUGAUGCUAAUGCCAAAGUCCGUCGGCCUUCUAAGAAUAAGAUACACUUUGGAGGCAGCUUUAGCAAGAGGAUUCACAACCGUGAGAGAUUGUGGUGGUGCCGAAGGCUUUCUAAAAACCGAAAUUUAUCAAGGCUCACUAAAGGGUCCUAGACUAAUUACCUGUGGUCAUGCGAUAUCGCAAACCGGUGGCCAUGGUGACCUGAGAUUUGGCAACUUGCCUGCUAGUGCCUUUGACAGUUGUACAUGUCAUUUAGGCCAGGUCGGAGUUAUAGCUGAUGGUGUGCCCGAAUGCUACCGAGUUGCGAGAGAGGAAUUUCGCAGAGGUGCUGAUUUCAUCAAAAUCAUGGCUGGUGGUGGUGUGGCUUCUCCAACUGACAAAAUUUCGAACAGACAGUUUUGCGAGGAUGAGAUCAGUGCUUUAGUGAGAGUAGCGGACACAUACCAUACGUAUGCCACUGCCCACGCGUAUACUUCAGAGGCAAUAAAGACCUGUGUCAAGCUGGGUGUUAAAGGUAUCGAACACGGAAAUUUGCUAGAUGAAGAAGCCGCUGAACUAAUGGCCAAAAAUGACUGCUACUUAACACCAACUUUAGUAACUUAUAAAGUGAUGGCGUCAGAUCAAUUUUCCAGAUUUUUAGGGCCAGAGAACAGUAGAAAAAAUGCAGAGGUGCUUCAAAAGGGAAUGGAAGCAUUAAAGAUUGCCCAAGAUAAAAAUGUGAAGAUCUGUUUUGGCUCUGAUUUAUUGGGACCCUUAUACGGCUAUCAAACGCAGGAAUUCUUCAUCAGAGGCAAAGCUCAAACCGCUCAACAAGUUCUUCUUUCGGCAACUGUAACACCUGCAGAAAUGAAUGGAUUAGGAGAUAAGUUAGGCCAGAUUAAAGUAGGAUUUAUUGCAGACUUACUUCUGAUGAAUUCAAAUCCUUUGGAGGAUAUUACUGUCUUAGAUGAGCCAGAAACUAAUCUCGUAUUGGUCAUGAAAGAAGGACGGAUAUAUUGA